ACGUGUUUUAUCCGGCCGGUUGGGAUACGCUUCGGGGAGCACUAGUGUGUAUCGAAUGUGCGGCGAUAAACUGUGAUUGUCACUCGUCACGUAUCAACCGCGCCGAAAUACUUUACAUAGCCCUCAGUUGAAUCAAGUGACGGACGGAACAUCACCGCUUUUGCUGCCAUCAUGGUCAACGACUCACAAGAUUCACUUGUUCCUGCCACUGAAGUUGCAAUCAGCGCCGCAUUUCUUUGCGUCGUUAACAUUGGAAUUAUCAUUGGCAAUUUUCUCGCCUUAAUUGUUGUAUGGCGCACAUCGAAACUUCACGAACCGAAUUAUUUCUUUCUUUGCAAUCUGAGCGUUGCGGAUUUGCUCGUCGGAAUGAUCUAUUGCCCUCUAUUGAUGGCAAGUGUAAUCAAACAGUCUUGGGUGUUUGGAAAUCUUUUAUGCCGCGCACACUCGGUUAUUGUAACCGCUUCUUUGAAUGCGUCGUUGAUGAAUCUGUGCGCAAUUUCAGUUGACAGAUAUUUUUUUAUCACAAGACCUUUGCGUUACACAGAAAUCGUCACUCCUCGCAGGACAUUUAUCACCAUUGCGUUGGUUUGGUUUCAUUCUAUUUUCUGGGCGAUCGCGCCCAUAUUCGGUUGGGGUCAAUUGGUAUAUGAGGGAAGUACUGCCACUUGCAAGCCAAAUUGGAAUGGAGAAGGACUUGGGGACAAAUCGUACGCUCUUUCUUUGGGGUUGGUUUGUUUUCUUGUCCCCGUUCUAAUUAUGAUCCUUGCAUAUUCAAUGAUCUACAAAGCUGCGCGGAAGCAAUUGCAGAAUAUGCAGAUUCCUGGUUUGACUAAAGAACAAUCCAUGAGAAGAAACAAAGCAACAAAAACUGUCCUCGUAAUAAUUGGAAUGUUUUGUCUCUGCUGGUCUGUGUACACUCUUGUGUCAGUUUGGAAACUUUUUGCGGUGUUAUCUGACCUCCCUCCGCGAUUGGUUCGCAUUGGAUUAUACCUCGCCGUUUCUAACAGCUGUAUGAACUUCUAUGUUUAUGCCAUAAGGGACAAGGUUUUCAGAAAGGGACUUCGCAAUUUGUUUUUUCCACACCGCAGCUUUUAUCACGAGCAAAAGAAUCGUUCAAAUGAACUGAGUCGAACAGCGCGCACAAUGCAGAAACAGUCACUUGCAGUCGAUUCGCCAGCGUCUCGGAAAACUUUUACUCUUCAAACAACUGUAUGAUUAGAUUUCCGGUAAAAGUGGGUCUAUUUGUUUUUCCUAUGAGGUCAAAUCCACUGCUUGAUGGGAGAGGAAGUCAAGUGAACACAGGAAAUGACGUCAUUUUUAAACUCCUCGUUGGCACGCGAUUCCGUGUAAUAAGUUAAUGUGUUACGAUUCCUCCAACAUCGUCUCGUAAAAAUCUCAGAGAUGUCUCCUAAAAUGGAGGUAAAAAUUUAAGGAAAAGAACAAUGUGGAGGGAAGAAAUGUUGAAGCAAUAUAUAAUUAUUUAACUAAAGCGCUGACUCUUCUCUUCCACGAGUGGCUAAAAGGGAAAUUCUUCGCAAAAUAUCAAAGAAUUUCUGGCAGAUCAGUGAUGAGUAGAUAUUGAGUGAUGUAACAUCAAAUUCUCAGAAGUAUCAUUUUGAUAAAGAAUCAGUAGUCAUUGUUAAGAACUGAUAUUAAGAUAUUGGGUGUAAAAAGGUGGAGGCAAAUACACAGCAUCAUUUUGACUUGUUUUUUUUGUUUUUUCGGAGAGGGAGAUGACUACUGUCCAUUUAAAAUAGAGCAAUAAAUGAUAGUUUGUUACGUUAAAAAAACACGAGAAAGAUAAAAAUAAGUCAUGGGGAAAUGGGUGUUUGAGGAUGGAGGAAGACUAGUACGGAUUUCAAAUGAUAAACUUGAAACAGAAAUCAGCUAUGACUCAUCUUCAUUCUCCUGCGAUGAUGCUGGUCUCUGGGUGGUCUAAAGCCUUUAAAUAUAUCCGUUAACCUUUCGAUAAGGCUUGCUUGGGUGUUUCACUUAAAGCUGACGUAUUUAAGAAAUUAUAUAUUGGAUUUGAGUCUUGACAAGGAGUAACUUUCUUGAACCUGCUUGGUUCAUUAAUAACAUUGCGGGGGAAGUGCGUGGGAAAGAUCUCGCCCCUCGGUACGAGUGUUUCCUAAAGCUGAUUUCUGUAACUCGCACAAUGGAAUAAGUUAAGAGAGACACCUCGCUCUGUAAC